UGUAUCCGUGACUACGAUACCGGCAAGACACUACGUUCUCUACUGUAUUCUCAUUUUUCUUACGGAGAUAGAAAAAUUUCAAAUACCUAAGACUAUUGUCAAGUAGAUAUAUUUAAAAAAAAACAAAAUAUAUUUUUUUAUGAGAGGAUGCUUCUAAGAUGUGCCAUCUUCGUCGGUCUCGUGUCCGUCGUAGCCACAAUUAUUUAUUUAACACCAAUACCAGAGCAAACUUUCUUAUCCUGUGAUAGACCAUGUCAUCAUUUAGAUUGGCCAAUGAUUUGUCGAGUGAAACUCACGCUGGAAGUGUUCCAAUCUCUCAGCAAAUCAUGUGGAAACUGUUUAUCGAACGAGACGGCUUGCCUGGCACAUAAUUGUGUAUCAGCUGAUGGACAAAGGCGAAUAAUAAUGACAGCGAAUCGACAAAUGCCAGGACCUAGUAUACAGGUUUGCGAGAAUGACAUUUUAGUCGUGGAUGUAGUUAACAAGCUUCCAGGUAAAGCUGCUGCGAUACAUUGGCGUGGUCAAUCUCAGAUUGAAACACCUUAUAUGGAUGGUACGCCAUUGGUAACACAGUGUCCUAUACCAAGCUAUACCACUUUUCAAUACAAGUUCCGUGCGUCAGCUGCUGGCACUCAUCUAUGGCACGCACAUGCUGGUGCUGACGUUACAAAUGGAAUAUUUGGAUCGUUGAUCGUUCGACAGGCAGAUAUUCGUGAUCCUCAACGUGCUUUUUAUGACGUCGAUGACCCUAACCACGUGAUACUAGUUACGCACUGGCAGCAUUCUCCGGAAAUAUUACUCGAUCGUGGACUGACAAAGCCAGCGAUACUUCUCGUCAAUGGUAAAGGACGGCAGAUGAAUGGACCGAAAGUUCCUUACAUGACAUUUAAUGUUGUUCCCGGACGACGUCAUCGUUUCCGAGCUGCCAAUGCUGGUGGUGCUGGAUCUUGUCCUAUUACAAUUUCUAUUGAUAAUCAUUCUCUUUUCUUGAUAACUUUGGAUGGUCAUCCUAUCGAGCCUCAAUACGUAACAUCGAUUACUUUGGCAAAAGGUGAGAGAGCAGAUUUUGUACUAAAAGCAAGCAAAAAAAUUUCUUCCUAUUGGAUGAAUAUAAAAACGGUGAAAAAAUGUGGAACAACAAUUCCUGUUUAUGGUGCUGCGAUUGUAAAAUAUAAAGGAAGUCCUAUAGACAAUUUACCAAGUAUGAAUUCAGAUGACACUUUGAUGGAUCAAAAAGAAAACCAGGAAAUGGAAACGAAUCGAAUCGCGAUGACGACAGUUCAUAAAGAGACGUGUAAUAAUCCUGAGAAUCUUUGUCUCAACAAAAUUCAAGGAAUACGUAAAAUGCCGAAAUCACUUACUACCAAAACCGAUAUGACUAUUUAUUUACCGAUUAAUUAUAUAAUGCAGUCGACUAAUUCGGAAGAAAAUGGUGGUGUUGAUAUUAAAUCCUUAAAUAUAAACAAUAUUACAUUUACUUAUCCAUCGUCACCGUUAUUGACGCAGAGUGGUGACAUACCGGAAGGUUUAUUAUGUACAGGAAACGACGAAGAUGAUCGUAACGAGAACAACGAAACUUCGUUAUCAUCACGAAAGUGUCGUCACGAUGAUAACAAAGAUACUAAUGACACAUGUGAAUGCGUUCAUAUACGUUAUAUUCCUCUCGGAGCAACCGUGGAAAUCAUACUUUUGGAUCAAGCCGGAAUGAAGGAUCUUGUUUACCACCUGCACGGAUACGACUUUUACGUUGUCGGAAUUAACAAAUUCGAUCGAAGCAUGUCUCUGGAUGAAGUUAAGCUACUUGAUAGGAAGGGAUUACUUUUCUCCCGUAAUUUGGAUUGUGCACCAUCGAAAGAUACGAUAACAGUGCCGAAAUUUGGCGCUGUUGCUCUUAGAUUAAAAGCAAACAAUCCUGGAUAUUGGAUGUUACGAGACGAACACGCAGUUGACUGGACACGUGGGCUUGAUGUUAUCUUACAAGUUGGCCAACCUAAUGAAAUGAUACAAGCUCCGCUAGAUUUCCCAAAAUGUGGCUCAUUCGUCGGACCCGACUAUUUUCUAAUAUAGAUUUCUUUAUAUUAUUUUAUUAUAUGAUUUAUGUGUGUGUAUGUGUUUGUAAAUAGUUGUAUAUAAUGUAAAAUUAAAUGUAUAAGUUUGCUGUGAGUACCAUAUAACACUGUUCGAACGGUUAUGCCUUUAUCUUGCUGCCAAUAAACUAUUUACAUGUAUCCUUA